AUGGUUGCUGAAGAAAAGCAGAAAGAGUGUCAGCUGACCUCAGCUCACUUGUUAUCCAGAGAAAAUGGGCAUCAGUUUACUCCAGAGACCAGACGACCUGACAGAACGUCAGGUUUCUGCAGUAAGAAACUUUCAGAGUCAGAUCCCUUACUUGCCAAUGAGUUUUGUGGGACAGCAUCGCCCUCUGGGACCGUAUUAGAAAUUUGUGAUCAAGAGAUGCCGAGCGAGUCCUCCUGGGCCAUGGUGAUGCAGAUCUUGUUUCCAUUCCUCCUGGCUGGUUUUGGGACGGUUCUGGCAGGGAUGUUGCUGGAUGUAGUGCGGCAUUGGGACGUUUUCAGUAAUGUGACUGAGAUCUUCAUCCUUGUCCCACCUCUGCUGGGUCUGAAGGGGAACCUGGAGAUGACACUGGCAUCAAGACUCUCCACCGCUGUGAACGUUGGCAGAAUGAACUCUUUAAGCGACAGAUGGAACCUGAUCGUUGGAAAUCUCAGCCUCAAACAGGUACAAGCUACGGUUCUGGGUUUCCUGGCUGCUCUGGUAGCCUCAGCUCUUGGGUGGAUCCUGGAAGAGGAGAUCAUCGUGAAGCACGUAGCUCUGCUUUGCUGUUGCAGUGUUGUGACAGCUUUCACAGCAUCACUCCUGCAGGGCAUCGUAAUGGUUGGUGUGAUUAUUGGAUCCAAGAAGGUGGGCGUGAACCCUGACAAUAUAGCCACGCCCAUCGCUGCCAGUUUAGGUGACAUCAUCACACUUGGACUGCUCGCCGUCAUCGGUCAUGGCUUCUUCUACUGCAUGGAUUCUUACCCUUACAUUCCCUACCUGGUGUGUGUUGUGUUCCUGUGUCUGACACCGCUGUGGGUCAUUCUAUCGUUUCGACAUCCUGAAAGCCAAAAACUGCUGCUUUCCAGCUGGGAGCCAAUAAUAACUGCAAUGGUGAUCAGCAGUCUUGGAGGACUGAUUCUGGACCGUACCAUUGCAAAUCCAAAGCUGGAAGGAGUUGUUCUCUACAGUCCCGUUGUAAAUGGUGUUGGUGGUAAUCUGGUUUCCAUCCAGGCUAGUCGUAUAGCCACGUAUCUUCAUUUCCACUGUGCGCUGGGUGAACUUCCAGACGGCGCUAAAGGAUGUUACUGCCCCGGCCACAGUUUUUGUUCCACAGGGCCGAAUGGUAGAUCAGCGCAGGUGCUUCUCACGCUGGCCAUCCCCGGUCACCUGGUCUUCAUCUACAGCGUUUACCUAAUACAAGGCAGCCCGGAUCCUCCCACUGCAGCCUUCAUUUUCUUCUAUUUGGUAGCUGCUUUCACACAGGUGUUUCUUCUGCUGGGCAUUGCUGAUGUGAUGGUUCGCUGCUUGUGGAAGUGCGGCAGAGAUCCUGAUAGCUUCUCUAUCCCGUAUCUGACUGCUCUGGGGGAUCUUUUAGGCACUGGCUUUCUGACGCUGUGUUUUCUUUUUAUGUCACUGGUGACAUAAACAUUAAAGGUGCCAUAGAAUGGAAACAUUAUGAGAUAAUAAGAGUUCUGCGCAUGGAAACGGCAUACCGUGAGUCUCUCACACCACUGCCUCCUCCUUCUUAAGGGAAACUUUUGCGUGCAAAAUCCCAAAAUAACACCGAGUGUGACGUUACAGUUGGGACGAUUAGCGUUUACACCAAUGCAUACUAACCCAUGUUCUAGGCCAGCUGAAUCAUUGAUGCCGUGUUGCCAGAUAUGAAAACAAACCAAAAUCAACAAAUAACUAAAAUAAACUGAAAUCAUUUCAAAUCUUUUACAAUUAAGAUAAAACUAAAAUAUCGCUGAACCUAAACUGCAACGGUCCUACGUUAUUAACUUCCUAAAAAGUGUCAAAAUGUGGAAAAGACCCUUAUAACAGCUGGAUCCUCGAUCAUGUUCAUACCACGGACGCUAAACAUUCGUGCAAAAAUCUGUAUAUUCAUCGGAUACAAGCCAUACAUAUAAGAUUGGACUGUCACUGUCGUUCACGCCGGAAAGUAGAAAUCUGUUUGCUGUGUGAGCUACUGAAAUGAGCCUCUCUGUGAGCCAGCCAAUCAGAGUGGAGCUGAACAUUAUUAUUCAUGAGCCUUCUAAUAAGGUAGAAACAGUUUUUACCUCAUUCGGAAGGCUCAUGAAUUUUCUUUGUAGAGACAAAUCCUAGGGUUGUAAAAGGCCAUGUAAAACCAUUUAAGGAGAAUUUUUGCCCUUACCCGAGCCACAUAAAUAUUUAAAAUAUUGUAUUAAUGCAUUCUAUGGCAUUGUCCCAUUCCAUUAAACAGACUAGAUCCGAUCGAUCACCGCUGUCAGCACAUUAGUGCUGGUUUGCAUAUAUUUCUCUGCACAGUUCAGCCAGAUGUACAUUAAGUGAAAUAUCAAGCUUUCCAUACAUGCCACUCAAAACUCUGUGUUCAACGAGUCGCACAUGCUGCCUCAUGUGACAAGAGUCAGCUGAAUGAAGAACGGCCGUUGUCUGUUUCCAUGUGUUGUUAUGCUAAGUGUCUGAUUUGCACUCAUCUUCCUGGAUAUAGAAUAGCAUAUCAAUCAGCUCAAAUAAAAAUAUGAUAACAUAUGCAUUUCAGUGACAUUGAAUUGUGACAAGCUAUUAAUCAUAUUGUCUUAAUGUCCAAAUGUUUCUAUUUAGACUAUUUUCAUAUGGAUUUAUUUCAUAUGUAUAUAUUUUUUGUUUUAUCACCUGCAUUAGUUUAUUGCUUUAUUAGCUUUUGCUGUAAAGAUAGCAAUCAACUGGUUAAUGUGCACUUCAUGUAUCAGUGGUGAUGUAUGAGAGUAACUUGUAUAGAUUUGUACAAAUGAUUUGCUUAGAAAGUUUUACCUUUACACCUAGUUAACA